AUGUCAUCUAAGUAAAAAGCUAACACUUAACAAGCAAGCGAUCAGGAUUAAACUAAAAAAUGAGGAAGAGUCUGAUUAAUUUUUUGGAUUAAUUAAUGAGGCCAUAUCCCAAAAGCGACCUAGAUCGAAUAGUAGAUAAAAUAAACCUAAAAAACUUUCAAAAAGGUAUAUAUCAAAUAUGAGUUUCUGAGGGAGUAAAAGACAUAAAAUAAUUAUAUAACAUCUAUAAAAGAAAUUUAAUUGAAUAAAAAUCAGAAUGAAAGCUAUUGUGAAGGAAUAGAUGAAGACAUCAUAAUUAAUCGAUCAGUUCUCAAUUUCGAUGUAAAGAUUAAAUUAAAAAUAGCUUAUUGAUGCUAUAGAAUUUGAAAAUAGUAAUUGCCGAAAAUAAGAACAUUAUAAAGUUUAUAAAUCUUUUGAAGGUAUGAUUAAUGAGGAAUAAAAUAACUCUGUUUACUAUAAGAACAACCAAAAAAGUCAAGAAAAUAUAAGAGAUAAUUAAACUGAAUUUUUAAAGUCAUAAGGAUUAUUAGAAAUUCUAAAUGAAUACAAUGUUGAAUCAAAAAAGAAUAUUCAUGAUGAUAAUUAUAAUUUGAUAUUGAUAAAUUCUCAAGGAAUAGAAGCUAUAUUGAAUAACUUCCAUAAUUAUUUUGACCCAUAUCCCUUUUUGAAAUUAAGAAAAUAUAUUGUUCUUUUAUUGGAGAUUUUAUCCUAAAUUUGUUAUAAUAUCAUAUCAAGUAAAAUUUAUCGAUAUGUGAUGCUUGUAUUAAUAACUAUCAAUAUAAUAUUUUUAAUAACUAAAUAUUAUAGUAAUCUUUAUGAAUUAUAUUAAUCAUUUUUUGAUUCAUAAUAAUAAGGUAAUAAUAACAACUAAUUUAGUAUUUUUUAUAAUAUAUGUUCUUGAAAUCAGUAUUCGAAUAGUUGGACAUAAUAUAAUUAAUUUUUGUUGUGAAUUUUGGAAUAUCUUUGAUUUAUUAAAUGUAGUGAUUUUAGGUUUGGUGACAUAUGGACUAAUAUCUUUUGAUUUUUCACCAUUAAGAGCAAUAAGAGUAUUAAUUUUUUUAAGUUAAUUAUCUUCAUAAUUGUAAUUAACUUUCAAAGCCUUAAUUUAAUCUUUUUAAUAUAUGUUAGAAGCUUUAUUAAUUGUAUUAAUAUUUUGUGUUUUCUUUGCUAAUGUUGGUCAUCAUUAAUUUGCAACAUCAUUUUACAAUAGAUGUGUUUACUUAGAAUAUGGAUAUGUAUUAACUGAUUAAUAUUGUGGAUGGCUUGAUUGUCCAGAUAAUUCAUAAUGUAUAAACAUUCCUAUUAUUUUUGCUCCAGAUCCCAUAACUAACUUUAAUAAUUUUAUUAAUUCUUUCAUUUCUAUAAUAAGAAUUAUAACAAUGGAUAAUUGGACUGAUUUAAUGUAUCCUACUCUUUAUACAUUAAGUCCAUUGACUUGGAUUUACUUUGUAUUUGUUAUAUUCAUAGUUGGGUUUUUUGCAUUUAAUUUAAUUAUUGCCAUAUUGAAAACAUAUUAUUCUCAUAUAGUCUCAGGAUAUUCUUAAGAUUAAGAAAAUAUUAAAAAAGGAUAAAUAGAACAAAUAAAAAUAAAUUUGAGAUUUAUUAAAAAUUUAGGACUUUAUCAAAAAUUAAAAGUACUUUAAAAAGCUAAGUUACAUUCAUAAUAACAAGAUUAUUCUUAAUUCAGCAACUAAUCAACAAUUAAAUAACCUUUCUUAUAAUAAUAGACUGUUAAUUCAUCAAUCAUAUCUCCUUAAGUUUAAGCAAGAAUUGUUGCUAAAAGUACUGCUAAAAAAAUACAAAGAUUUGUCAAAAAACAAAUAGAAUAAACACAAAAAAAAAAAUAAUAUGCUCAUUUUCUUUCAGCCAGGCAAAGAAAAGAAAUGGAAGAAUUGAAUAAUCAAAAAAAAAAUAAUUUUAUAGGGAAAAUUAAAUCUUCUUGUACUUUAAGAUAUAUAAUUUUACCUAAAAGAUCAUUAAUUUUAGAAUAGACACUUUAAUUUUAAAAUUAAAAUGAUGACGAAAUGGAAAUUUUACAUUAAUUAUAGACACAUGAUGUAUUAGGUUGGAAAGUAUAAAUUGUAUUUAAAGAUUAUGUUUCAAACUCAUAAGGAGAAGUUUUAGGAUAAAAACAAGAAUAUUUAUUAAAAGAAAAAAAAUUAAUUUCUGAAUUGUAAAAAAUUAGAUCCAAAAAAAUUAAUUAAUUCUAUUUUGAUAAUGAAAAUUUAAAAUAAUUCUAUUACAAUUGUAAAAAAAAGAUUAGAAAUACUUCUUUACCUAUAAAUAAAACAAAUAGAAAAAUUUAAUUUCAAACUUAAACAUUUGAAGAAUUAAGAGAUGAUGAAAUAUAAAUUUCAUCUCCCAAAAGAUAAUCAUCAAGUUUUGAAAGGAAAUUUAAAUUUCCAAGAAAAACUAUAUAAUCACUAAAACAAUAAAAAAGUGAUUUUUUUUUUGAAUUUCCAGAGUAUUAGGAAGGGGAGGCUUUUAUAGUUUUAAAUGGCGAUAAAAGGAAUUACGCGUCUGUAUCUAUCUUAAUCAAUAGAACAUUAGAAAAUGAAUAAAUAAUUACAGAUACAGAAGAUUUAAAUAGUUUAUUUUUUCAAUAUUUGAAAUAUCGUGUAAUUAUUUAAUUUUUAUUAAUAGAGAAUGGAAAUAAAGGAAAAUGUAAUAUAUAAAAAAAAUAUUUCAUUUUUUGAUGUGUUAAAAAAUAAAAAAUUAAAUUUAAUAUCUAUUUUUAGAUCCUUAAACUCUAAAGAGACUCAUAUUUGGAUGAUAGGAUUUACUGGUUUAUGGAAGUCUUUCUAAUUAAAAAUUAAAAUGUUAAUAAAUAAUAGUUUAAUAAAUUUAAUUUUUGACUUUUCAAAUUUGGUAAGUUUUUGUGUAUUAUGUUCUAUUGGAUUUUUAGAAGAAAAAGUAAUAGAAUAAAUAAAUUUUUCUAUGACCAUUCAAUUAAUUAUUCAAAUAAUUUUGAAGUUAAUAAGUUAAGGCAUAAGUAUAUAAAAUAAACUAUUAUUAAGUUUUAUUUGGAAGUGAAGGGGAAAAUAUAUUGGACUCUCUCAUAAUAAUAACUUAAAUUAUUUAUAGCAUUAUGACAUCUAUGGAUAUUCCAUUAAAAGAAAAUUUUGCAAGUGAAUUAAAGACUCUCAGAGCAUCAAAUGCUAUAUUAUUAUAUAGGAUUAUUAAAUAUAAUUAAUUUGUGACCAGAAUUAUGAGAAUUGCUAGGAUAACAUUUAAAAAGUAGAAAUAAUAUUUGUAUCAAUAGAUAUUUAAGUUUAAUGUUUUUAAUGUUAUCAAUUAUAUUGAUAUUUUCAAUUUUGGGAAUGCAAUUUUUUAUUGAAAAUUUUAAAGAGAAUGAAAGUUUAUCAUAAUUACAUUCUUUUAAAAGUUUUGCUAAAUCUUGGAUGACUAUAUUUAAUAUAAGUACAAAUGAUGAUGCAGUUGGUAUGUUAAAAGUAGUAAUAAAAUUUUAAAAACCUUGGAUAGGAAUACUUUUUUAUUUGAUAACUGUAUUUACGAUUAAUUAUCUAAUUUAUGGACUUGUUAUGGCAGUAUUAUUAGAUGCUUUUUCUUCUGAAUUAGAAAGAGUAGUAGAAAAUUAAUAAGAUCAGUCUUUAUUUUUAGCAAAAAAAGUAGGGAUAUAAGAAAACAUUUAAUUAAAUUGUCAGUAAGAAAUGUUGACUGAAAUUUAAGAAAAUUAGUAAUAGAAAUGUUAUAAAUUUUAGAGCUUAAGAAUCAAGUACUUAACCAACUAAAUCUCAUUCAUCUAAACGUCGUACAAAAAUUAAUAUAAGAGAUUUACCAGAGACUUCUUAAAAGUUAUUUAUGAAAAAGAGAAAAAGAUAAAGUAAAGUUAAUUGAUUUAUGUUAGAGUUUGUUUAUUAUGAAGAUACUAAAUGUGCAGAAUCAUGCUUUAUGUUUUCUUAUAAUAAUAGAUUUAGAAAAAUAUGUUAUAGAGUUUGUAGAAGUUUACCAUUUAAAAUUAUAAAUGAUGUUACAAUAAUUAUUUCUGUAGUAUUUUAAAUCUUAGCUCAUUUUCAAUUAUCAAAGAAGUAUUUAUUACUUGGAUCAAAUAUGGAUAGUUAUUUAGAGACUAAUUUAUUUAUUUAGAAUUUUAUUAUUUUAGUAAUAUUUAUUAUUGAAAUAAUUGCAAAAGGAUUUAUUUUAAAUGAAGGAACAAUUUUAAGAGAUUUUUGGAAGCUUGUUAAUAUGACAUAUACAACUUCUUAUUUUUUAAGUUUUAUUAGUUAAGCACCUAUUUUAAAAGUAGCACUAAAUUUAAGUAAAAUAUUAUAUAACUUAGUAUUUUGUAGACCAUUAAUGAUGGUUAAUAUGUUUGAUAGUGUUUAAGGAGUAAAGAAUGCAAUGGUGAAGAGUUUAUAUUAAAUAAUUAAUAUAGUUGCAGUAAUUUUAUUGGUUUUUAUGGUUUUUAAUGUAUUUGCAAUGCAUUUAUAUUAAAAUAAAAUGGGAUAUUGUGAUAAUUUAAUGAAUUUUGAUAUUAGUUACUCUGAAUGUUAAAGGGAAAAUAAAUAAUGGAUUAAUCAUCCUUAUAAUUUUGAUAAUUUAAUAAAUGGACUAUUUACUUUAACUAUGAUAUCUUCAUUAGAUGCCUGGGGUGAAAUAAUGUAAGUUUGCUAUAAUGCAAGUAAUUUAAAUGCUGGUCCUUCUCCUUUUGCAAUUUAAUGGGCUACAUAUUUAUUAUUUGUUUCAUUUAUUUUUAUAGGUGCAAUGUUUUUUAUGGGUUUUUUAACUGGUGUUUUAUUUACAGAAUUUUAAAAGUUUACUAAAAAAAUUGAGAAUAAAAAUUUAACUUAAGAUUAAUCUUAAUUUAUUUAAAUCUGUUCAAUAGUAAUAGAAUAAAAACCUAACUAUUCUCAUACUCCUCAUUCAAAAAUAAGGAAAUUAGCAUAUAAGAUAGUAUUCAGUUAAAUGUAAAAUAUUAAUUAUUAUUGUUAGUUAUAAAUAUUUUUAUAAUUGUAUAUUGGUGACAAAUAGUAUUGUAUUAUGUUUUUUAUUUGAUAUAAGAACAGUAUAUACUAGAAAUUUGGCUAAUGAUUUAUAUUAAUUACAUGCAGUGGUAUUUGCAAUAGAUUGUAUAAUAAAGAUUUUGGCAUAUGGAGUCACAAGAUAUUUAGCUUCUUCUUGGAGGUUAAUAGAAUUAAUAAUAACAAUAAUAUCAUUGGCAGAUUUUUCAUAUGAUUUAAAAAAUAAAUGGUUUCAUCAUUUUACAAAUGGAUCAUAAGAGGAAAUAAUAAUAUAUUUUGCAAGAAUAUUCUUAAUCUUUAGAGAUAUUAAGAUUCUAUUGAUAUUUCAAGAGUUUAAAGGGCUUUAAAGGCUAAUGCGAGUCUUAUUCUUUUCAUCUUCUUUACUAGUGAAAAUAUUAUACAUUUAAAUAACUAUAUAAGCAACAUAUGCUUUAAUAGGUACUAGGUUAUUUGGCCAUAUAACAAAAGUAUGUAAAUAUUAAUAGAUUAGGGUUCAGCAAUUGAUGAAUAUUAUCUUAAUUUUCGUAAUUUCAUUAAUUCUGCUUUGGUUUUAUUUAAAUGCACAACAGGAGAUGAUUGGAGAGCAUUAAUAAUUGAUUGUUCUAGAUCCAAUAUAUAUUGUCAUUAAGAUUCAUAAUAAUGUGGUUCUGGUUGGGCUUAUUUAUACUUUUUAUCAUAUUAUUUACUAUCAAAUAUAAUAGUUAUGAAUUUAUUUGUUUUAGCUUUAGUUGAUUAAUUUGAAAGUAUUAUAAUUAUCAGUAAAUAUCAUAGGUUUUUUUAGCACAACAACAAAUGUAAUCUAAACAUUUGUUGAAAACAUAGAUCAUUUUUGUAAUUGUUGGUGUCGAUAUACUUAUGAUACUAAAGGAUAGAAAAUGCAUACAAGAUAUAUAGGCAGAUUUUUAUUAGAUUUAAAUUAGCCUCUUGGUGCUUAAAAGGGAGAUAAUAUUUGGGAUGCUGCAAAAGAUGCAUUUCAUUUUAGAAUUAGAGCGUAAUUUAUUAUUAUUAUUCUAUUUAGAGAUAAAAGAAGUUACGUUAAUUUUAAUGAAUUAUUAUAUGAAACUUUAAGAUAUGCCUUUUUAGAAAAAGUAUUUAAAGAAGGAUCAUAAGCAGGAAGAACUGAAAUGAAAUUAUUUGAUAUGGCAAUGAAAAGAAAAUUAAAUUAUAAAACUAAAGAAAAUCAAACGGAUUUUGAAUUUAAAGGUGAUAUAAGAUAAUUGGAUUCAAUAGAUAGUUCAUUUAAUUUUAAAUACUCUUAUUAAAACUUUAACAUUUUGUAAGAGUAUUUACAUUUGCUUAUCAUUUUUAAAACAUGGAAAUCAUACUCUAAGAAUCUAUUUGAAAAAUCGAAAAGAGGACUCUAGAAUUUUACUGAGUAAUCAAGUGAUGAUCAAUAUGAUUAUAUGUAAUCAUACAGUUUACAUACUAAAGAUGGAUUGUAGGGAUAAUCUGAAGAGAAACUUUAUGCCUCAUAAGCUAUUGAUGAAUAAAAUAAAUAGGAAAUAUUAUAGAAUUUCAUAGAGUCGAACAAAUAUAGAUUAACAAAUUAUAAUUCAUAAAAUAGUUCAACUUUUCAUGGUGUUAUUUAUUAACCUGCAGUAACCAAUAAUAAUCAUUUGAACAGAAUGUAAUCCACAUGUUUAGAAGCAUAUAAUCAAGCUAAUUAUAGAUCUAUUUUAAAAAAGAAAUGUUAAACAUUAACAUUGAAUGAUAUCCGCAAUUGUUAGAACAAUAAAAAGUCUAAUCAAAAUUAAUUAACCUGA